CGACGCGGCUUCAUGGUCGGAUGGUCCCGCGAUGACGGGGACGUCGAUAUCUCGGACAGUCAACCCAAGAAACGCAGGAAGACUAUCGGUGGGCGCGACUAAGCACGCCUAAGCCGAAUUCCACUGUGCGUUUUGCGCCAAAUCCCCACGCCCUUCUGGCCUUUUUGGUCCUCGUACAGGUAUCGCAUAUUUUUACUCGUCUCGUUUGUCGUUGAGCUCUGUGUCCUUGCUAUUUGCCUGUCUCAUCCACCAUUGCUAUCUUCCCUCACGCUCUCAUGCGGCUCGCAGAUGAUCUCCAUUGUGGGAUUAUCACGGACCGCCUUCCUCAUCGUUGUCGUCUCGUUAUGCACUCCCCUUACCUCUGUAACACCAUUCUACUUUAGAGUCUCGAGAGUAUUCUUGCGUGGUCUUCCGGUCCCAUAUUUAUCGUAUCGUCUUUCUGCGUUGGCUACUGCCUCUCAGGAGGUGUUCUUGCCCUUUUAGUAUCGAGAUAAUGGGGUCUUACCUGUAGCUCACCAGAAUUUGGUUUCUCUUGCGGUUCCCACCUAUGCCUCCACGGACUCCUGUUUACCGGCUAGUGUACGUAAAAUACUAGUCGGCCUGUGUCGUUCUGUCUGAUACUUGUUCUCUGUACGAUCAAUCAAAUUGUAUCUGGUCUUGAAGCUUCAAA